GGAGGUGUCGGAAACUCAGGCCCAGGUGAUUACGCUCAUAGGAGUUACGGCAGCUUCGGCGAUUACAAUUAUGGCCCUCCAAGUGGCUGGUCUGAAUCCUAUUCUGACUGGUAUGGCAGAGAUACGCCGCAAACUGGGCGCACUGAUGACUACGCCAUAAGUGAUGGAAUGGGGCCAUUCGGUGAGUCGGCUUCGCUUGUUUUAUAUUUAUUCUCAAUCCCUUUUGGUGAAUUUGAUUAUUGA